AUGGCUCAAAAAUCUUAUCUUUUCCAAUCAGUCAUUGCUGAAAACCAACCUUUCGUUCUUGGUGGUAGGGGUAUUUACUUGACUGUUGAAGACCCUGUUACCCACGAAGUCAGAGAAAUUAUCGAUGGUAACACUUCGGCUUCUGUUGGUUCUUUAGGUCAUGGCGACCCAGACAUCGUCCAAGCGAUGAAAGAUGCUGCUGAAGAAUGUGCCUACUCUUUCCCUCUAACAACUGAAAACCACAACGCUGAAGAUCUAGCUCAAUUUAUCGUCACUCAUUCUCCAAAGGAUACCUUUGCUGCCGCUGUCUUUGUUGGUUCUGGUUCCGAAGCCAACGAGAAUAUGCUAAGACUUGUAUACCAAUACCACAUCGAAAAUGGUCAACCACAAAGAUCCAGAUUUAUCUCAAGAAACCAAAGUUACCACGGUUUUACAAUCGGCUCAAUCUCAAUUGCUGACUCAAACAGAUUUUACAACUAUAAACCAGUUAGCCUUCCAGCAGAACAAUGUCUAAAAGUCUCCGAAUGCUACGAAUACCAAAAGAGAAAACCUGAUGAAUCCCUUGAACAAUAUAAAGACAGACUAGUCAAAGAAGUCGAAGACACUUUUAUAUCUGCUGGUCCCGACACAAUUGGCGCCUUUAUCUGUGAAACUGUCUCUGGCUCAAGUUUAGGCUGUGCAACUCCUGUUCCAGGCUAUUUAGAAGGUAUUAGAGACAUCUGCCACAAAUAUGGCGCUUUAUUCGUUUUGGAUGAAGUUAUGUGUGGUAUGGGCAGAGCAGGUACCUACCAUGCUUGGGAACAAUUCUUGCCUCUAAACAAAGGUCCUGACAUUCAAACUAUUGGCAAGACUUUAGGGUCAGGUUAUGUCACAAUUGCUGGCGUUUUGGUUUCUCCAGCUGUCAGAGACGUUUUUGUCAACGGUUCUGGUGUAAUGCCAUCUGCUCACACUUAUCAAUCUCAUUCAUUCAACUGUAAAGUCACUUUGGCUGUGCAAAAGAAAAUCUUUGAAAACAACUUGAUCGAAAACUCCAAAAAAAUGGGCGACUACCUCAACGCUUCCUUAAAGGAAAAAUUAAAGGACUCAAAAAUAAUUGGCGAUAUCAGAGGGGUUGGCACUUUCCAAGGUGUUGAAUUGAUCAAAGACAAGGCCACAAAAGAACCAUUUGAUCCAAAAUUAAACUUAGGACACAGAUUAGCUGACAUUUGCUACAAAGAUGGUAUGCAAAUCCUAGGUUUAGAUGGUACUGUCGAUGGCAAAAAGGGAGACCAUAUGAUGUUUUCUCCAGCAUAUACUGUAACCAAAGAAGAAAUUGACAAAAUUGUUUCUGUUUUUGUUCAAGCCUGUGAUGAAUUGGAAAAAGAACUUGGGUUAUAA